AUGUCGCAUUCGGGACCGUCGCGACCAACGCCGAAUGCGUCUUCAAAUCCUGUGCUUGGGCAGACGCCACCGGUUGUGAUACCUGCACAGACUUCUGGAGAGCCUAGUGCCAAGUCGCUUUCUGCUGACGCUGCAUCUCCACAAAUUGCUGCGCGACCACCGCCGGCCCCAAAGGUAGAAAGACGGAGACCUACUAUCAAGUCAACUAAGGCCGCUAUUUCUUUAACGCCUGUGGCGGUAGAGCGCUUGCACGGAUUACUGAAGGGGCCGACACCUCAGCUCAUCCGGAUAGGUGUCCGAAACAAGGGCUGUGCGGGGCUCUCAUACCACCUAGAAUAUGUCGACAAGCCCGGGAAGUUUGAUGAAGUGGUCGAGCAGGACGGAGUGAAGGUGCUCAUCGACAGCAAGGCGUUGUUCUCGAUCAUCGGCAGUGAGAUGGAUUGGCAGGAGGAUGUACUCAGUGCAAAGUUUACGUUCAAGAACCCUAAUGUCACAGACGCGUGCGGGUGUGGAGAAUCGUUCACCGUCGACGGCUCAUGA